CGAGAUGGUGCGGAGCAGUGUGGGGGCUACUUUAUUAAGAAGAUACAUAACCAAAAUUGCAUAUUUUAGACAAUCUUUUAAAAAUAACGCUAGAAAAUUGUAACGUUUGCGUUUAAGUGUAAAAAUAAUUUUGUUAUAAUUUGAAGAGUAGACAUGAGAUUGACAUCCAGUUUAUUAAAACGCAUGGGAGAAUGGUCAAAGAAAUAUGCAAAUUUACCGGAUAGUUACAUAGAACGAGCAAUGGCACAGGUUUAUUGGAAGACACCCAACAAGCCAAAUUAUUUGCCACGCACGAUUGAAAAAAAGCGAUUUCGUUUCUCAAUACAUCGUCCAUGGACUUAUGCAUUUCAACGUGAUAAUGAACCUCGUAAAUUUCCUAAAUUCAUUCAUGUAGAGCCUAUUAAGGAUUGGAGUUUCUUUCGAGGUGAUAGGGUAGAGAUUUUAGUAGGAAAAGAUAAAGGAAAGCAAGGGAUUGUAAAAGAAAUUUAUCAAGAAAGAAAUUGGGUAAUUGUCGAAGGACUUAAUACAAAGUUGGAAUAUCAGAAGAUGGAUAAAAAAUCUGGUAUAUAUAUGCAGCAAGAACAACCAUUAUUAGUAACUUCACAAGUACAAUUGGUUGAUCCUUCAAAUAUGGAAGCAACUCCAAUAGAAUGGCGAUUCACAGAAGAUGGUCAGCGUAUACGUGUAUCCAUGAAAUCUGGUAGAAUAAUUCCUAUUCCUGUUACAUCCCAAGAAACGAUAGAUUACAAAUUUCGUCAGCUUUAUCAAGAGCAAACAAAAGAUACAACUAAAGCUGAUGUGGAAAAAAUAACUUUUGAACCAGCAUUAAAGACUUUUGAGAUGGAUAUCAUGGAAAAAAUGGGUAUUAAAGAAGAUCGUGUUCCAAAGAAAUUUUAUUGGUAUUAAUCAUUCUUAUAUACAAUUUGCUGUUAUUUUCAAUGUACAGCUAUAGUUAUUUAAUAAAUAUAUUAAACAGACAA